GGAAAAAAAAAAAGGGGAACGAAAGGAAGAAGCACCGCACCCACACCACUCCACUCCCCCGCUCCUCGAUCCAGCCAUGGCGGCCUAGGCCCCCUCUAGGGUUCGCCGUCAGCCCACGCCCAGGCGCAUCCCGCCGCUUCGUUCAGCUCCGGCCUGGUGGUCGCGCCGCCCGAUUCGGCCGCCGGUGGCGAAUGGGGGCCCGCACGGUGCUCCGAGCCGGGGGUGACCGCGCGCUGCCGGCGAGGCCGGAGGUCCCCUGAGCUCGGCGGCGGGUUACCGUGCUCGCGGGGGGUGCCUUGCGGGCUUGCGGCGGCGGAGCGGCGCUGCUGGUGGCGGGGGUUUAGGGCGCGCCGGCUUGGUCUGGAGGGCCCCGCCGCGCGUGCAUUGGGGAUUCCAGGCGGUCCCGGCGGCGAGCUGCGGUGGUCUCCCGGUGGCGCGAGCUCGCGGAGCUAAGCUGGAGGAGGUGCGGUCUGCGACUGCUUCUUGAUCUGAUGAGCUCGGGGCCGGCGGCGUGCCUCGGUUUCUCCGCGUGUUUGCUCCGUCGGCUGUCCAAAAGCCAGCUUCUUGGAUCAGGCCGUGCUCAUUUCGGCUCUUUUCGUCGGUUCUUUGGGGAAAGGUUGGAGCUCUAAGGCGUGGUUGGCGAGGGAGCUCAGCUGUGGAUUCCGGGGCGAUGAGGUCAGCAGUGGCUCGUGUUUGCCGUGAUAGUCCAGGGUUCGGGUAGUGGUUUCUGCAGACGGAGGUGGCUGCUGCUCCGAGGGAAGGGCAGCAACUGGGACGAGGCAGCAGCAGCCAACAGCAGAGGAAGUGAUGUUCUGGGCGCGAGGGAAGCAGGUUGCCAUUGCUGUUGGGAUCAUGGUGAGCUGCUAAGGAGGACAUUCAGUCGUCCUCCGGUGCGGCGGAGCUAGGUGUUCUUGUUCUGGGCCGUAUUGGUGGUGGAGAUGAACCUCUCCCCGUCCAAGAUGGCGGAACCAUCGCCGGAGAGUGACGGGGAACAAAGGUGUCUGAACUCCGAGUUGUGGCAUGCAUGCGCUGGGCCCCUUGUGUCCUUGCCUAUGGUUGGGAGCCGGGUCGUCUACUUUCCUCAGGGCCAUAGUGAGCAGGUCGGCCAUUUAGUUUGUGCAGCAGUAUCUUGGAAUAAACUAGGCAUGGCCGAGUUUGUUGACUUCAGGUUUUGCAAACAAGUUGCUGCAUCAACUAAUAAAGAAGUUGAUGCUCAGAUCCCAAACUACCCAAAUCUACCUCCGCAAUUAAUCUGCCAGCUUCAUAAUGUCACCAUGCAUGCUGAUGUGGAGACUGAGGAAGUUUAUGCCCAAAUGACACUGCAACCAUUGAGCCCGGAGGAGCAAAAGGAACCUUUUCUUCCGAUUGAAUUGGGUGCUGGCAGCAAGCAGCCAACUAAUUACUUCUGCAAGACAUUGACUGCAAGUGACACAAGUACCCAUGGUGGAUUCUCUGUUCCACGCCGAGCAGCUGAGAAAGUCUUCCCCCCAUUGGAUUUUUCACAGCAGCCUCCAGUGCAGGAGCUGAUUGCAAGAGAUCUGCAUGACAACGAAUGGAAAUUUCGCCACAUUUUUCGUGGUCAGCCUAAAAGGCAUCUCCUGACGACAGGUUGGAGUGUAUUUGUAAGCGCAAAAAGACUAGUUGCAGGGGAUUCUAUCAUAUUUAUCUGGAACGACAAUAACCAACUUCUUUUGGGAAUUCGUCGUGCAAAUCGUCCACAGACUGUUAUGCCCUCAUCUGUGCUAUCAAGUGAUAGCAUGCAUAUUGGUCUUCUUGCAGCAGCAGCUCAUGCUGCGGCCACAAACAGUCGUUUCACUAUUUUCUACAAUCUUCGGGCUAGCCCUUCUGAGUUUGUCAUUCCACUGGCUAAGUAUGUGAAAGUUGUUUACCACACACGUGUGUCUGUUGGAAUGCGAUUUCGAAUGCUUUUUGAGACAGAGGAAUCAAGUGUCAGACGAUACAUGGGUACGAUCACAGGCAUAAGCGAUCUUGACUCGGAGCGAUGGCCAAACUCACACUGGCGUUCUGUGAAGGUUGGUUGGGAUGAAUCUACAGCUGGUGAUAAGCAACCAAGGGUUUCACUCUGGGAGAUUGAGCCAUUGACAACCUUUCCGAUGUACCCUACUGCCUUUCCAUUAAGACUUAAGCGUCCGUGGGCUUCAGGACUACCCAUGUUCAAUGGCGGGAGGAGUGAUGAGUUUGCUCGUUAUUCUUCUCUCAUGUGGCUUCGAGAUGGAAGCAGAGGGUCCCAGUCUUUGAACUUCCAGGGACUUGGAGUGUCACCAUGGCUUCAGCCAAGAAUAGAUUAUCCAUUGCUGGGUCUGAAGCCAGAUACUUACCAGCAGAUGGCUGCUGCCGCACUGGAAGAAAUUAGAGGUGGGGAUCAUUUGAAGCAGACAUCUUCUCUCCUGGCAGCCCAACAGACUCAAAAUUUGAAUGGUGGGUUAGAUCCUCUGUAUGGAAAUCCUGUUCUACAGCAGAUGCAAUUCCAAUCCCAGCAGUCAGCCCUGCAAGCUGUGCAGCAAGGCUAUUGUCAGAACACAGGAAACUCUGGGUUCAUUCAAAGUCAGCUGCAGCAGCUGCAGCUGCAAAAGCAGCAGGAGCCACCACCGCAGCAGCAAACACAGCAAGUUCUGCAACAACAAUCUCAUCAGGACAUGCAACAGCGCCUCUCAUCUAGUUGUCAUGAUAUUACCAAUGUAGCUUCUAGCAUGUCCGAGGCUGUUUCUGCUUCUCAAUCACAGUCUUCUUUGCUUCCUGGGUCCUCGUUCUACCAGCAGAACAUAUUUGAAGGGAACAGUGGUCCAGGUCUGCAUCUUCAUAACAGUUUUCAUAACUUUUCAAGCCAAGAAGCCUCAAACCUUCUUAAUCUGCCUCGAAGCGGCCAAUCAAUGGCAUCAGAGGGAUGGCCUUCAAAAAGGUUGGCUGUGGAACCCCUUGCUAAUCUUGAAGCUCAAUCUGUGCAGCACAAGCUUGAGAAAGUGAGUCACCAGAGUAAUGUAUCUCACAUUUCUGGCACCUUGGCACCACUAUCAGCAAGAGACGGUUCUAGUGCUCAGGCACUUAGUACAAAUGCUCAGAGUCACCUGCUUUCUUCAUCAUUUGCAAUCCAUGAUGGCAUGACAACUGUCAGGGGUGAUGGUGUUGGCAGUGGAACUGAUGCGAUAACCAUAGCUUCAUUGAGAUAUAGUGAUGUGAAUUUGCUACCUGAAAACUCCUUAGCAACUUCCAGUUGUUUGGGUGAAUCAGGAACAUUUAAUUCUCUCAAUGAUGUUUGUGGUGUGAACCCAUCACAAGGUGGAACCUUUGUGAAGGUUUACAAAUCAGGGUCCCUCGGGAGAUCGCUCGAUAUUACCAGAUUCAGCAGCUACUAUGAGUUACGUAGCGAGCUGGAGCGAUUAUUUGGUCUUGAAGGCCAACUGGAGGACCCUGUAAGAUCAGGCUGGCAGCUUGUAUUCGUCGACCGGGAAAAUGACAUUCUUCUCGUCGGCGACGACCCGUGGCAGGAGUUUGUGAAUAGCGUGUGGUGCAUAAAGAUCCUCUCACCACAAGACGUUCAGCAGAUGGUCCGUGGCGGGGACGGCCUUCUGUCAACACCUGGAGCGACGAUGCUACAGGGCAAUGCCUGCGAUGACUAUUCUGCAAGCCACGACAUGCAGAACCUCACCGGCAGCAUUGCACCUGUGGUACCCCUGGACUACUGAGAUGAAGACCGGAAUCCGAACCAAACCAGCAAUUCAGCACUGCAGGAUUGCCAUCCACAAGUCAUUGCAUUUCUUGUGAUCUUCUCUCUAGUCCCAUUCGUGAGGAAUAACCUAGUCGUUAAUAUAGCUAGAUGAUCCAUUGUAUCACUAUGGUAACGAACAUGUUGUACAAUAGCCGGUGUAGCUAUGUGAUAGCCCUAGCCUAAGCUCUAGAUGGCAGGCAAGAAUUGCUCUAUGGAAGUAUGAAUGCAGGCACUCACUGUCGAGGUGACCUAGUCCUGCAGCUAUAUAUACAUAUAUCUAAAACUGAUGGUUCCAUGUGGAGCCUAAACCAUUCAAACUUGUCUCCUUCCUCAAUUCCCCCCUCAAA